AUGCGGAGAUUCAGAUCUCAACAGCUUAUGGGUCAACUUUCAUCUCAUCGAGUCUCACCAUCUCUCGUCUUCGAAAACAUUGGAGUCGAUUACGCAGUUCCAGUGUCUCUGAAGUUUUACCAAGGUCGCGGUACCAGAUGCUUCAAGGGCUGGAUUGCUGUCUUUGUGUGUCUCUCAACAUCAACCGUUCAUCUGGAGUUUGUCACCGACUACUCCGCUGAAGGCUUUCUCAAGGCAUUCCGCCGUUUCACUAGUCGACGGGGAAUUUGCCGAACACUUCGAAGUGACUGUGGCACAAACUUCAAGGGUGCUGAUAUAAUUCUCAAGCAACUUCUCACCGGUGCUCUCAAAGAAUCAUCUCAUCUACAGCAGCAUCUUGCCAAUGACGGAACUCAUUGGUUAUUCAACCCACCUAGAGUUCCUCAUAUGGGCGGUAAAUGGGAAGCUGCCUUAAAAUCAAUUGAGUAUCAUCUUCAGAGAACCAUCGCUGAUACACUGCUUACCUAUGAAGAUUUCUCAACGUUUCUUAUCUAA